ACAGUCGGAAUGCUUUAGAGGUCGGACAACAGGCAACUAGCUAGUUAGCGGCUGUUGGAAACAAACAGAGCAAGUUUAAACGAUACUUUGGCCAACCUUGACUGUGUUUGGUCGGACUCAUAGCUGAACAGCUCGUUUCCAGUUUCUAUAGUAUUCCGUGUUCAUAAAGAAGCUGAAGUUUCACCAGUUAAGAUGGGAGUGCCGAAAUUUUACCGCUGGAUUUCUGAACGCUAUCCUUGUCUCAGUGAAGUUGUCAAAGAACACAAGAUUCCAGAAUUUGACAAUCUUUAUCUGGACAUGAAUGGCAUCAUCCACCAGUGUUCUCACCCAAAUGACGAAGACGUCCACUUUCGUAUCUCUGAAGAGAAGAUUUUUGCGGAUAUCUUUCAUUACCUGGAGGUCCUGUUUCGGAUCAUCAAGCCACGCAAGGUCUUUUUCAUGGCUGUGGAUGGUGUGGCACCAAGGGCAAAGAUGAACCAACAGAGAGGGCGCAGAUUCAGGUCAGCCAAAGAAGCAGAGGAGAAGAUUAAGAAAGCCUUGGAGAAAGGAGAGGUGCUUCCUACAGAAGCUCGCUUCGACUCCAACUGCAUCACUCCUGGCACUGAUUUCAUGGCGAGACUGCAGGAGCAGCUCAAGUACUUUGUCCAUAAUAAGGUGUCAACUGACAAGCUGUGGCAAAAUGUCAAAGUCUUCUUGUCGGGUCAUGAGACACCAGGUGAAGGAGAACACAAGAUCAUGGAGUUUAUUCGUUCUGAGAACACCAAACCAAAUCAUGAUCCUAACACGCGACACUGCCUGUAUGGCCUAGAUGCUGACCUGAUCAUGUUGGGAUUAACCAGUCAUGAGCAUAAUUUCUCCCUGCUUAGAGAGGAGGUCCGUUUUGGAGGGAAAAAAUCCCAGAAAAGGAUAACAGCUCCAGAAGAGACGACAUUUCACCUGCUUCACCUGUCACUGAUGAGGGAGUACAUUGAUUACGAGUUUUCAGCGCUGAAGACUCAUAUGGGCUCUGCUUAUGACCUGGAGCGGAUAAUAGACGACUGGAUAUUAAUGGGCUUCCUUGUAGGAAAUGAUUUCAUUCCUCACCUCCCUCAUCUUCACAUUAAUCAUGAUGCUUUGCCUUUGCUGUACAAAACUUACAUCAGCGUACUGCCAAGUCUAGGGGGUUACCUGAAUGAGAACGGCCAUUUAAACCUCAGAAACUUUGAGAAAUACAUGGAGAAGCUCUCUGAGUUUGACCGGGAGCACUUUAGUGAGGUGUUUGUGGACUUGAAGUGGUUCGAAAGUAAAGUCGGCAACAAAUAUCUGAACGAGUCUGCUGGCAUAGCAGCCGAGGAGGAAGCCGCUAGCCGAACUGGUGCAAAGGCAGAGAAGGACUCUUCCACCCAUCUUGGCGCCCUGGCAUCAUCUGAAAAUGUGACUGAACAAGAAAAAGGAGAACUGGCAGAUGAGGAGGAGGAAGAGGAUGAGAUGUUUGAAACAGAGUUCAGACAAUACAAACGCACAUAUUAUAUGACCAAGAUGGGGGUGGAUGUUGUGUCAGACGAGUUUCUCGCCAAGCAAGCCAAAUGUUAUGUGGAAGGUAUCCAGUGGAUUCUUCACUACUAUUAUCAUGGAGUUCAGUCAUGGAGCUGGUACUACCCUUAUCACUAUGCCCCGUUCCUGUCUGACAUCCGAAACAUUUCAGAAUUAGAGCUGACCUUUGACCUGGGAAAAUCCUUCAUGCCUUUCCAGCAGCUAUUGGCUGUCCUGCCUGCUGCCAGCAAGGAACUGCUCCCUGAAAGCUACAGGGACUUGAUGACCAGCCCAAGCUCCCCCAUUAUUGAAUACUAUCCUCCUGACUUCAAAACUGACCUGAAUGGAAAGCAGCAGGAAUGGGAAGCUGUGGUGCUCAUUCCUUUCAUAGAUGAGACAUGCCUUCUAGCAGCUAUGGAGCCUUUCAGUGACAAGCUGACGAAGGAAGAAAAGGCCAGGAAUCGGCACUCAGAGUGUGCCAUGUACUCCUACGACCCCGACAUGGACUUUACAUACACCUCCCCCCUGCCUCAGCUGUUUCCAAACAUCACUCAUUGUCAUGUCAGGGAAGUCCAGAUCCCCAUGGAUGCUUGGCAUGUAGCGUUAGACCACGUCAGUAAGCGUGUUGACCGCUCAGCUUUGUACUUCUGUGGUUUCCCCACUUUGCACCACAUCAAACACAAGUUUUAUAAGAAGAAGAGUGGAGUGGUGGUGUUUCAGCAGAGUAGCAGAGGGGAGAACAUGAUUCUGGACAUCCUUCCCAAUCAAGAUGGGGAAACGAUAUGUGAUCAUGUUGCUGCAGACGUUUUGGGGAAGUCAGUAUUUGUCAACUGGCCCCAUCUAGAGGAAGCACGCAUUAUUGCAGUAUCAGAUGGAGAAACUAGGUUUGCUUUAGAUGAACCUCCUGGGGUCCAACAAGUGUACGACCGGCCUUCCAGUCCUCCUCCUACUAAAGUUUCCUGUUUGUCUGACAAAGAGCAGAAGGAAUGGGUGAAGGAUGUCCAAGGAAUCACUGAACAUUUCUUCAAGAGGAAAGGCAUCGUAGUAAAUGAGACAGACGUGCUUCUUUACGGUCAGAUGCUGACAGGAAGAAAAUAUGUCCCUAAAGCCAAUGGAGUGGUGGAACUGGAGAAACAGUGGGCCAAACAGGUUCUUCCUUUCGCCUUCCAGACUGUGGUUAAGGACAUCGAGGCAUUUUACUCAUCUCUGUCCAGCUUUAAGAGUUUGGAUGAACUCUUCCCUCCAACAACUACAGUCUUCAUGGUGGGAAACCCUUACUACGGUGCCAUGGGAGAGGUCCAAGACUCUCAAGAUGUCAUCAAAGAGGGCCGGGUCCGGGUAGUUUUCAACGUACCUCAUGAGCCGCAGCUGGAACACCUGAUCCACAAUCAGCAUAAAUACUCAGUCAAGUACUGUCCAGGCUACGUCCUGGCCUCUCACCUCGGCAUCAGCAGCUAUCUCGUCUCUCGCUUCUCAGGAAGCAUCUUCAUCGGCAGAGGCUCAAAGAGGAAUCCCUGUGGGGAGCAAAAAGCUAAUGUUGGGCUGAACCUUAAGUUCAACAAGAAGAAUGAGGAGGUACCUGGGUACACCAAGAGAACCGAGAAGGAGUGGCUUUACUCUGCUGCUGUUGAGGAGCUGCUAGCUGAGUACCUAGACAGAUUUUCUGAAGUUUUUGAUGCAGUGUCCAGAAACAGUCAUGAUGAUGUGUUCUAUGAAGAUGACAUCUGGCCAGGAGUGGAUCAGAAUGGGGCAGAGAGGGUGGCUGAAAUCACCUCCUGGUUGAAAAGUCAUCCGGUCAGCUCCUCCAGCAGGGCAUCAUGUGACCUCCAGAUUCUGGAUGCUGCCAUUGUGGAGAAGAUUGAGGAAGCCGUGGAAAAAUCCAAGGUGAAGAAAACCACCAAGAAAGUCCGAGUGACAGUAAAGCCUCAUCUUCUGUUUCGGCCCCUGGAACAGCAGCAGGGUGUGGUUCCAGAUCCAGAAGCUGAGUUUCGUCUGUUCGAUAGAGUCGUCAACAUCAGGGAGAGCUUCACCGUUCCUCUGGGACUCAGAGGGACAAUCAUUGGCAUUAAAGGAGCGGAGCAUGAACCUGAGGUUCUCUAUGAGGUCCUGUUUGAUGAGGAAUUUGCAGGAGGUCUUAACAUAAGGUGUACAUCUCCUCGUGGGUACCGCCUCCCUCCCUUCGCACUCAUUAACCUCUCCCACGGUACUCGAUUGGACCAUGGCUUCCACAAACUCACCGCUGUUGUCAAACCUCAGCCUGCUACUGGUGGCAACCUCAACUCUCAUCGUCUGGGAGGCCUAAACCACUCUCCUCGUUCACCUUUUGUCCCCACGCAGCAUAACAAGAAUGCUGUGGCAUCCCAGGGUAACAAAACUCCAUCUAAAGGCCCCAACCACAAACCAGCUAAGUUUAAAGACGAGUACAGUAAUGUUUGGCAGUCUCUGCAGCAGAAAACGGGUCCUCCCAAUAAACCUCCUGCCCAUUGGCACAAUAAUCAGGUCCCAGCUAGUGGCAUCAGAGUGUUGAAGAAAAAUGAAGAUGUCAACUCCUUUUUCCCCCCAAAGAGCACAGCUGAUAAGGGCACCACUGAAUUUGAGGAACUGAUUGCAAAUUUAAAGAUAGGCAGCCAACAAACGCCACCACCCCCUGCUCCUCCAGCAGAACCCAGCAACCAACAAGAUGGUCCUUUGUCUCCACAGUCCUUUGCAAUGAAGGGAACGCUAGUUCUUAAGGAGAUGCUAAAGAUUGAUGGAGCUGGAACAGGAAGUCCCACAUCCCAGGAGGCGGUAAACCCUGCUCCCCCUGCUGGCCAGCAGCAGAACAGAAGACGAUCAAAUAAGAAGCUAGCUGCUAAAAUAAACAACCCACCUGGUGAGUCUGUCGCAUCAUCCGCUCCAGCUUUAGCAGCUUCUGUCAACUCUGCUCCGAGCAGCAGGGUGUCUGAGCUGGCCUGUUUCUGCGUGGGCUUGGGCAUGGCCCCUCCUGACUUCAGCUUCAUUCGCAACCGACAAGGUCCGGUAGUCUGUCAGGUGAAGCUGUCCAAUGGGCUAACAGUUCACGGACCGCAGUGUCAAUCAGAAAAUGAAGCCAAGGAGAACGCAGCCUUCUUUGCCCUCCAAAGACUGAACUCUCUAGGGUCAGGGUUUCCACUGCCUCCUCAUCUGUAUCCAGGAAUGGCUCCGAUGCAGCGCCCACCGAUGGGAGCCAUGCCUCAAGUCUUCAACCAGCAGGGUGGUUUACUGCUGCCUUCUCAGGGUUACGGCCCCCCUCCUCUUUGGGGAUUGACCCUUCCUCCUCACCAACCACUCAACCAGCCGUUCUAUGGAGCACCAGGAACCUUCCCAGGCGCUGCUCGUCCCCAGCCUGGUACCUCUCUACCCAUUGGGUCCCACAACCAGUUCAUCCCGCUACAGGUGACUAAAAAACGAGCAUCGGCUAACAAAAAGAACCACGAAACCAGAGAGUUUUACAGCGCCGCCCAUACCGUUGCCAAGAACCAAUCCCAAAAGCAGCUCCCUGCCCAGUCGCAACCUCAGAACGAAUCACAGAACCAGAGCCAAUCAGAGGAAGCGAAAAGCAACUCGUCCAAUCCCAGCCCAGCAGUCCAACACACACAUCCCCGAAAGAGCGGGCCGGCAGCAGGCCACACCCCUGGCUCCGCCUCCAAGAGGAGGCACAGGAAGUUGGCUGUUAACUUUGAGGCAGCUAAAGUAACAGAGUGAGCUGAGCUUGUCUCUGUAAAGGUGUAUGUUUAGAAAAAAGUGCUGAUUUUUAUUUUCUUUAGCCUUGAAUUUUUUUUUUUUUUUUACUCUGAUCGAAAUCUCAUUAUUGUUUCUUGCAACCGUUUUAAAGAGAAAGCUGCUUCACUCUGGUGCAUAAAAUGGGACUUUUUAUUUUUCAUAUCUAACCCUGACUAAAUCAGUGCUGCACAUCUCCCUGAGAUGCCUUUUUUAAACUUAGACAUGCCUAGUUUGUUUAAGGCAACAGGCAGCUGUUCAAAUCUUUUAUUAGGGUUUCUUGUUUUUCAAUUAUUGCUGAAGUAAAGUAUUCCUGAAAACCAGUUCAUCACACAGAAUUAAUCAAGCAGAAUCAAUUUUUUAUUAAAGAUUGCAUAGCACAACUAAGGAUGGGGGGAAAAAAUGAUGGGACUGGAUUUUUUUUGUUCAUAAAUAUUCCCACCUAGCUGUAGUGAAACAAGUUUAUUGGAUCAAAAAAUCAAAAAGUUCUGGAGAUGUUUAAACUAAAGGUGAAAAUCUAAAGGAAAAAUUAGGCUGAAGUUUUCUGCUCAUUAAUUGAUUUGUCUUUAAAAUUAUAAGAAAAGUCAUCAAAUCGGACUUGACAUUUCUAAUUUCAUCCAAGCCCUUAGAUUUCUUUUUCUUCUUCUCCCCCUCUUUAAGACUUGUGCAUUUUGUAUUUCAUAUUUUUUUUUUUUGCAGCAUUUGAUUUUUUCCAGCCUGCUUUGACAGCACAGUGCCACAGUUUAAUUAUUUAAUGAGUAAAUAUUUAAAUAAUUUUUAGUACAAUGCAAAAAUGACAAAGGAAAGUAAAUGAAUACAUAUGCUCUUAAUUCAAAUGUAUAAAAAUCAAUAUAUUGACUUAUUUAAGAGUCAAAUUUGUUUUAGGAUUAUAUGUUCAAGAUGUAUAGAACUCUUUUAGCAUUUCAUUAAAUGUAGUGGCAUUUUAAGUAAUUUACUGUUAUUGAUUAUACCCAACAUUUCCUUGUUGAACCUGCCCAGCAUAUCAGAUUAUAUUGAGAGGUGCAGUAGUAGCCCCAACCUCUAAAUUCAGAAUAAUUUUAUAAUGUGUUAAAGUAUCCAACUAUAGAAUAAAAAGCAGAUGUUUAUUAUCAAAUAUUACAUUUUCGUUUGUGUAAUUACAGUUCAUUUUAAAAUUAGGAAAUGUUUCACUCUAAUUGACUUCAUCUUUAAUUGACAUGUUUAAGUAUUUAUUUAGCUAAUAAAUUGUGGCACAUUUAGUUGUGUGACUUAAAUGGGCUCCAGUGAAAAGAGCAGGUUUUCUGUCCUCAUCACUGUAGGAAUCAUGGGAGGGGAUGUGGUGUCAGAAAGCUGGCAUAUAUAUACAUCCACAGGGCCGCAUGUUAAAGCGCCUCUAAUCCUUCUGAUUCAGGAGAAACCCAGCAAACAAUCCUGGAUCGUAUUUCUCAGGGAUGCGUAUCAACUGCAGAAGCUCUCUUCGAAACGCGGCCAUGGCUAUGACCUAAUCCCCCCACACUUAUUUUUUUUGUUUUUUAUAUAGCAACCUGUUUGAAUGUUUUCCGUGAUUGUCGGCUUUCUCUUGCGGUUAUUUCUUUUCCAUGACAUUUGCCUUCGAUUGCGGCGGCAGAAGAGUUGAUUUAUGGUUCGGAUUAGUGUUUUCCUUGACUAGCAGGAUAGGUAUUAAUUGUCGUUUUGCUCUAAUUGUUAACCGUAUACACUUUAUCAUUUCCUGCUGACUAAAAUAAUUCUUUGUUUUUGUUAUAGUGAUAGUACUGCCAAAUUGAAAAAACUGAGUGUAAAACAAAUACAAAAAAGCAAAGCCUUUCAAUUUGUCACCCAAAGUCAGCUCCUAAAUUCUUUCAGAUAAGUUUGCUUGUGUUGGAUCUUCAGAAAUACUUCACUGCCAGUUUUCAAAGUAUGUUUUUCAGUUAAUCUGGCCUUACGCUGCUGCAAACAAAAACCUGUUGAACGUAAUCCACUUUUUGUCUUUGACAUUGUUUGUGGCCUAUUAUACUACGAGGUGCACCUAGGAGGAUUUUAUGUAUUAGAUAGGAAAUCCUAUUGUGACGUCUGAGAGGAAACUUCAAAUGUGUAAUUUUCCCAACUUUUCAUCUGUUGAUAUACUUUUUUUUUAUGUUACCCCCCCUAAAAAAAUUUAAAAUGAAUAUAAGAUUGAGGUAAACUUGUUUUACCAAUCAUUUUUUGUCUUACAGAACAGGAUUUUAUUCUGUCUAUUGUCCUAUUUUCUAAACACACUGUUUUUCUGAGGUUUUAAUUCCAGAUCGAUUUGGUGUUUAUAUGGAGUGAGGUGCUUUAAAACUUUAGGUGAGCAGAUGUUUGAUUUGAACCAGAUAACAAGUCUGUUUUAAAGAUUUUUGUUUUCUAAAUCAUGGAUUUUAUCAGCAGGAUUUUUAGAGUCUGCAUUGCGUUGGUUGGGAUUAAAAACUUGUGGAAUAACUUUCAUCUAUGUUUGUUCAGAGAUGUUGGUCCACGACGUGUCUUCAGCUGUUCCCCUGUUCUCCCCCCCCAUUCUGUUUUCUUUCCUUCUUUCUUGUAACCGGAUAUUCUAAUGUCAAGCAUGGGACUAACAUCUUUAGGCUCUGGUGCAAUAAGUGGACGUUUUACAAAACUUUUGGAUAUUGAAGCACAUUCUUUAUUUGUUUUGUUUUUUUAGAUCUGAAACAAAGUAGUGAAUAUUUGUGAUUAAGAUGUGCUGUACAAAUCAAUUUAAUAAAACAAAGCUUUUGUUAAAA